AUGUCACUAGGAAAGAUUGUUGGUACAUGUGGUAUUGUGUUGAUGUCAAAAUUUGGUGAAACUGUUCCUCCGGGACUUGAUUCAGAAACCGAUGUCGUCUCCAAAGACACCACAAUCAUACCAGAAACCGGUGUCAAAGCGAGGCUAUAUCAUCCCAAUUCUACCCCUGAAACAACCAAACUCCCUUCAGUUAUCUACCUUCACGGUAGGGGCUUUAUGGUCUCUGCACCCGCUGAUCCUCUGUACCAUAACAACACCCUUAACAAGCUCGUGGCAGAGGCCAACGUUGUGGCUGUCUCCGUCGACUACAGGUUAGUACCAGAGCACCUACUUCCUGCUGCGUAUGAAGAUUCUUGGACUGCACUUCAAUGGGUUGCAUCUCAUGCUUCUGAAGAUGGUAAAGGGAGUGAGAAGCAUGUUUCACUCCUUACAGUUAAACACAUUCAAAAUACAUGUGUUAUGGUCAUGGAUAAUAACAUAAAGAGAUGCCUAGACACAUUACUGAGUAAAGAGCCCAUUACUAUUGGUCCCUCCUAUUAUGCGUUUGGAAGUGUUCAUCCAUACCUUAUAGAUCCCAAGAGGAAGAAGGAUGGGCCUACUAGAAUAGUUGCAACAAAAGAUGAUAUCUUCCUCGCUGGAGAAGUUAAUUCCUUGAAUGUUUUCUAUGAUGAUUAUUCUUGGAUUGAUGAUUCUGAUUCCUCUUUCCAUGUUAACCUACAAUACAUGAUGGGUUCUUCUCCAAUUACAAGAAAAUAA